CUAAUCUCACGGGAUGAAAAAGAUCUGCUCCAACUGAAUGAUUCCACCUCAUCCCGUAAAGAAAUCCCGUAACCAAAACUGCGUAAGUCUAGCAUUAUUUGAUUCCCCAUCGCACCUCGUCGCAAUCCAGCAAGAACACUCUCAUCCUCCUCCUCUCGCCGGAGCCACCUUCCUCGAUCCGUCCGUGAUGGCGCCCAAGGCCGAGAAGAAGCCCGCGGAGAAGAAGCCGGUGGAGGAGAAGGCGGAGAAGGCGCCCGCCAAGGGGGAGAAGAAGCCCAAGGCGGAGAAGCGGCUGCCGGCGGCCAAGGAGGGCGGCGGCGACAAGAAGGGCAAGAAGAAGGCGAAGAAGAGCGUGGAGACGUACAAAAUCUACAUCUUCAAGGUGCUCAAGCAGGUGCACCCGGACAUCGGCAUCUCCUCCAAGGCCAUGUCCAUCAUGAACUCCUUCAUCAACGAUAUAUUUGAGAAGCUCGCCGGCGAGUCCGCCAAGCUGGCAAGGUACAACAAGAAGCCCACCAUCACCUCCCGGGAGAUCCAGACCUCCGUGCGCCUCGUCCUGCCCGGCGAGCUCGCCAAGCACGCCGUCUCCGAGGGCACCAAGGCCGUCACCAAGUUCACAUCGUCCUAGACUCUUCCUUGUCUUUGACUGUCUCUGGUUCGAUUGAGUAGUUGUAAUUGUUUCUGGCUGUGAUGAACAAUGAAUGAAUGGGAUCGUUCUGAUUGAAUGCAAUUUUGUCAUCUUCUCUGCAA